GGAGCGAAGAUAAUGUUAAUGUUAGCGUUCUGUCUCACUUGAUUGACGGACUCUUUAGCUUCGCACGGCAAAACUUCGUCCUUGCUAAAAUGUCGGGCUUACGGAAGCAAGAACAGCCAAAGUGGCAGGAUACCAACCUUGCCUUAUUCGGCUCUGACAUCGAGAAAAACGUCAAACGUGAGGCUGCAGGGCAAGAAAGAGCAUGGUCAGGAGCAGGAAAGCGAGAGGGACUGCAAAUUUGGCGAGUCGAGCAGUUCAAGGUGAAGUCCGUGUUAAGAGACGACUAUGGAAAAUUCUAUGAUGGUGACUCUUACAUCAUCCUCAACACGUACAAGGAUCCGGAAGAGGAUGAAUUUAAAUACGAUGUCCAUUUCUGGAUUGGCCAGGAUUCUACUCAAGAUGAGUACGGUACAGCCGCGUACAAAACUGUCGAACUCGACAUCUAUUUGAAUGAUAAGCCCGUGCAGCAUCGGGAGGUUCAGGGUCACGAGUCAAAGUUGUUCAUGUCUUACUUCGACUCCCUGACCAUUCUCAAGGGCGGUGUAAAAUCUGGCUUCAAGCACGUUCGACCGGAGGUCUACCAGCCACGCCUUCUCAGAGUGUACGGGACCACGCCAAAAAGCGUCAAGGUGGAGGAAGUGCCGUUUGUGCGUAAAUCGCUCAACUCCGAUGAUGUAUUUAUACUGGACAAGGGAAAAACAAUCUAUCAGUGGAAUGGCAAGAACUGUGACAAGGACGAAAAGUUCAGGGCAGUGCAGGAAGCGAAUCGGCUCAAGAGUGAGCGGGGCGGGAGGCUCGUCAUCGAAGUCAUAGAUGAAGGAGAGGACAGAAGUGCGCCCUUCUACCGGUUCCUGCCUGAUCUUCCAUGUAAAGAAGAGAAAGGAGAUUAUGACGACUUUGAGCCAGUCCUGCUCAGGGUUUCAGACGCCUCAGGUCAGAUGAAACUUACCGAGAUGAAGAAGGGAAAAGGCCGCAUUACUAGGAAUGACUUCGACGAGAAAGAUGUGUUCCUGUUUGACACGGGUAACGCUUUGUUCGUUUAUUCUGGCAACAAAGCGAGCAUCGAUGAGAGGCGUCUGGCCUUGCAAAUCGGGACCAAUUACUUGAAUGGCACUAACCACCCGUUCGCUCCCAUCUCCGCCAUCUACGACGGACGACUGCCCGAGGAAUUCCUUGAAGCCCUCGCCCCUUCUAGCGCACCGAGUUCCGGUCAUGCUUAUACCGACGGUCAGCCCAAACAACAGACCAGAAGUUAUGGCUACUCGUACAAACGCUAACCACUUUACCUAGGCAUACAGGAAUCACUCUACCAAGCAGAUAAAGAGAAUCGACACAUUACCCUUACGUCAUACAGGCUCGGUUCUAACCGUUGUUGAGUCGAUCCUUCCCAGCAUGCAGCUAGGGGGUUGCGCAGAGAGCUACAGCAACAGCUCACGAGUAAUACAGCGUUUGAACUUAGCCUAAGUGUAAAUGAAAGUGUAAGUUUUAAUCAUCGUUAAAAAGAAAAAAUAGUGUAGUUAUGUGUAGAGUGGUUGUCUAGGUCAAAACAGAAUAUCACGGAUGGAAUAGAAAUGUUAAUCGUCACCUUCUCAUAACAAGUCUGACUUGUAAUCAGUUUCUAAAUUUUGUAAAAAUAAAUAUGUCUUGCCUCCGUUA